CGGCUCUCUUUCUCUUUCUCUUUCUUUUUCUCUUUAUUCCACUUUAAAUGUUUUCUCGUCAAUCAUAUAGUCUUCUUGCUCGCUCUCUUACCAAGACUCAAGUUCGUAGUUUGUCUUCAGUAAGUUUAUUAAAUAUAUGAUAUAAACCUUAUACUUAUUUUUAUUAUAUAGCCUGCGAAUAUUGACCAUAUUAAACGUGUUGGUGUAAUUGGUUCAGGUCAAAUGGGUCUUGGUAUUGCAUACGUUGCUGCUAAUGUGACUCAAUUACCUGUAGUAUUAAUGGAUAUUAGUAAAGAACAAACUGAUCGUGGUCUUGCUUUUAUGAACAAAUUAUUGGAAAAGGAUGUGGCUAAAAACAAGAUGACAUCUGAACAUGCCAAUGUUGUACGUGAAUUGGUCAGUACUACAAAUAAUCUUCAAUCUUUGGAUAAUAUGGAUAUUGUGAUUGAAGCAGCAUCUGAAAAUUUGAAUAUCAAGAGUGCUAUUUUCAAUGAUUUGGACAAAAUUUGCAAGUCAGAUUGUAUUCUUGCUUCAAAUACUAGUAGUAUCAGUAUUACCAAGAUUGGUGCUGCCACUAAGAAAGCAGAUAAGGUGAUUGGUAUGCACUUUAUGAAUCCUGUACCUGUGAUGAAAUUGGUUGAAAUCAUUCCUGGAUUAGCUACUGAUCCUUUGGUAGUAGAACAAACCAAGGCUUUAGCAACUGCUAUGGGAAAGACAACUACAGUAGUGAAGGAUAUUCCAGGAUUUGUGGCUAAUCGUUUAUUGAUGCCUUAUAUCAAUGAAGCUGUGAUGUUAUUAGAAAGUGAAUUUGCAAGUGCUGAAGAUAUUGAUACUACCAUGAAAUUAGGAACCAAUAUGCCUAUGGGACCUUUGACUUUGGCUGAUUUCAUUGGAUUGGAUACCUGUUUAUCAAUUAUGAAAGUACUUCAUGAAAAUACUGGUGAUUCAAAAUAUAGACCUUCUGUUUUACUUCAAAAAUAUGUGGAUGCUGGUUGGUUAGGCAAAAAGUCAGGUCGUGGUAUUUAUACUUAUUAGAUUUAUUAUUAUAUAAUAAAAAGAAAAUAUUAGUUAUUUAUUUAUUAUUAUUAUUAUAUAUGAGGAUGAUCCUUAAAAUGACAGAUGGGUUAAUAAAGAUGAUGUUGAUGAUAUGACACGUGAUGACACCAAUAAAA